AUGGCAACGCGGCAUUCAUCCCGCAAUGCCGGUGCGAGCGGUGGAGGAGGUGGAAUUCCCGAUGGAGGGCGAACAGGUGGGCGCAGCAUCAGCUUGACGGUCAAGCGUGAAGCUCUGUAUGGGGACAGUGGAUCAGUUGGGAGCGCCGCGAGCGGCUCAGGUCGGCCUCAGCGCGGAGCGGGGCAGCGAGCGGCCCAGCAACUCCAUAUUCAGGCGGAGGAUGAGGACGAAGAUGAUGACGAUGAGGAGGAAGGGGAAGAUGAGAUUGAUGGAGGGGAAGACGAGGGACAUCUCGACAUUGGCGAUGAAGGGCGCCGGAGGAGUAGUAGGGACCGAAAGCCCGCUCAGCGGUAUGCCGAGGUGGAGGAGGUCAGUCCGGUUCUUGGCGCAAGGACAGGCAGGGGUGGACGGACGACGAGAAGGAGGGUAGCCGAUCCCGAUUCGGACGGCGAUGGGGACGGAGACGGGGACGAAGGAGGCGAUUAUGCAGCAGGAAGAGGCAUCCCGUCGAACCCACCCCGGAAAUCGUUCCCUCCUCGACAAUCUCGGAACUCUAUGGCUUCGGCUCCUAUCCCGGAAUUACCUAUCGCAUCGGUCUAUGCAAACGGACUCGGGAAUGGUCGAGCGACCCGAUCGAAAGCUCAUGUUCAAGCUCCGGCUACACCCUCGAAAUCCCGCAACUCCUCCGCCGAUGCCGAGUCUUUCCAGCCUGAUCAGUCUGGUGGAUCUGGGGCGUCGGACAUUGAGGGUGGGCACGACGGGUCAGACGAUCCGCUCGCGAGGGACUAUGUGGAGGACGAUGAUGAUGAUGAAGAAGACGACGGGAUGGCGUAUGGAAGGAGGACGAGGUCGAGGGGGAGAAGAGUGGUCGUCAAUGUCCGAUCGGCCGCUACGAACGGAGGCGGAGGCGGCCUGCGCAGAUCCACCAGAACCCAACCGGCCCGACACGAUUCUGACGAUGAUGAAGAGGCGUACGGUGGUCGGCCUAAACGAAACCUCCGGACUCGUGCGCCUGUCAAUUAUCAACUACCCCCAGCGGAUAUUUCGACCGAGAUUCGGCAGGCGGAAUUGGUGGACUCUAUUCAGGCGGCGAGUCGGCCGAAUGGAGCUGCCAGAGCCGGAGGAGGGAUGGGUAUGGGUCUGGGCGGAGCGAGAGGGGGAGGAGGGAGAGGGGUGAGGUUUGGGCCGAAGGGGUCUGGAGGGUGGGCGGGGGGAUUGGGUGGGGGAUUGGCCGGCAUGGCUGGGGGUGCGGACAGUAGUGACUCUGACGACCUUCUCCCGCCCCUCAAAGCCAGCACCUCCGCCCUUUCCGGUACGGGCGGCCCCUCAGGCGGAGUAGGACUAGUCGGUGGACCAAAAGUCUCGGCACCGACCGAUGUGAAGGACUUUGGAAGGAUCAACCCCAAGAGCUCUACAGCAGAUGCGGACCCGCUCGGAGUGGACAUGAAUGUCACUUUUGACAAUGUCGGUGGUUUGGACGGACACAUCGACCAGCUCAAAGAAAUGGUGGCUCUCCCUCUACUCUAUCCUGAGGUGUUCCAGCAGUUCGGGAUCACCCCGCCUAGGGGCGUUCUAUUUCACGGUCCACCAGGAACAGGUAAAACACUCCUGGCGAGGGCGUUGGCGGCUUCGUGCAGUAAUGGCAAUACCAAGAUCUCCUUCUUCAUGCGCAAAGGUGCCGAUGUGCUUUCGAAAUGGGUGGGCGAGGCGGAGAGGCAGCUCCGGAUGUUGUUUGAGGAAGCGAGGGCGGCGCAGCCUAGUAUCAUCUUUUUCGACGAGAUUGACGGUUUGGCGCCCGUGCGAAGCUCGAAGCAGGAUCAGAUCCAUGCCAGUCUGGUAUCGACCUUAUUGGCUUUGAUGGAUGGUAUGGACGGAAGAGGCCAAGUCAUUGUCAUCGGAGCUACCAAUCGCCCCGACUCGGUCGACCCCGCCCUGCGCCGUCCAGGACGAUUCGACCGUGAAUUCUACUUUCCCUUACCCAACAAGGAGGCCCGAAAGAAGAUUAUCAAGAUCAAUACGAGGGUCUGGGAUCCGCCCUUGGAGGAAGGGGUGGUAGAGAUGUUGGCGGGGGCUACGAAGGGGUAUGGAGGAGCGGAUAUGCGGGCACUCUGCACCGAAGCCGCCUUGAACGCUAUUCAGAGACGAUACCCCCAGAUUUACAAGUCUAGCGAUCGGUAUUUGCUCGAUACGGGCAGUAUACGCGUCCAGGCCAAGGACUUUCUGAUGUCUGUCAAGAAAAUAGUCCCAUCCUCAGCUCGAAGCACAACAUCCACUGCUGUCCCUCUCGCCCCGCACCUCGUUCCGCUUCUCUCGGCCCCGCUUGAUCGGCUCAAGAAGGCGGUAGAUGAAGUCUUGCCGAGGCAUAAGAGCACCACGGCGUUGGAGGAGGCGAUGUGGGAGGAGGAUGGCGCGGGGUUCGAGGGGGCUGAGAUACUGCAGAACCUCGACAAGAUGCGCACCUACCGCCCUCGUCUACUCGUCACUGGCCAAAGCGGGAUGGGGCAGGCCUACCUCGGUCCGGCGAUCUUGCAUCAUCUUGAGGGGUUCCACGUACAGAACUUUGAUCUUGGAGUCUUGCUGGGAGAUUCUAGCCGAACCGUCGAAGCAGCCCUCGUACAGCUCUUCAUCGAAGCGAAGCGACACCAGCCGUCCAUCCUCUACAUCCCCUCCCUUGUUUCGUGGUCCGCCACUUUAUCGGACAGCGCCAAGUCGACCUUCAAGUCCUUGUUGGAUGGUAUCGCGCCUAGCGAGCCGGUGCUGCUGCUGGGAGUGGCGGAGACUGAGAACCUGGACGGAGAGGUCCGGAGUUGGUUUGGCUGGGAGAUGGAAAGUGAGGUGAUGCUGGAGUUGCCGACUGAAGCCGAGCGUACUGCCUACUUUGCUCCCCUCCUCGCCCAGAUCGCUCUACCUCCAUCAUCGUGGCCCGACGCCCUCCCUCGCCGGCCACGCGUACUCGAGCAAUUACCCCUCGCUCCCCCACUUCCGGCGCGCCUGCCCACCGAGGCAGAAGUAGCAAAGGAGCGCGAGCGAGAUUUGAAUGCGAGGAAUAUGAUGGUGUUGAGCUUCACGUCGCUGGUGGCUGAGUUUGGGAGAAAGUAUAAGCGAAUCGUGCUGAGUGUCAAGGAGGAUGCUUUUGUUGUACACGCAGCGCUCGUGCAGCGCGCAGCGGAAAUGGCUGCAGAGGCUGCAGCAGCGCCGGCCGAGACGGACCCCACCCCCCCCGCAUUUGACAUCGCCAUGUCGAGCUCGCAACCCCUCACUUCUUCCACGGAAGCGGGAAGCCAACAGACAUCGUCCGGUCAGGCGCUAUUUCCUACCCAAACUUCCUCGGCAAUCACCGACCUUCCCUCCACACUCCCCACUACCACCAUCACUGCCACUACUACCCCCUCCGGUCCAGACUGGACGCCACAUGACGUCGACACCGACACCCUCGCCCGUCGGCUCGCCAAGCACAAGUACUGCCGUCCGUCCGACUUCCUCGCGGACGUGGACAAGAUCAAGGCGAAUGCGGACAAGCUAGGAGAUGUCGACCGGCAGACCAAAGUGGCAGAGUUGGUCAGCCAUGCGUAUCUCCAUGUGGCGGAGUUUGAUCCGAGGUGGAUGCCCGAGUUUGACGCGUAUGCGGAACGCAUGCAGAAGCGGCGGGAAGAUAGGGAGAAGCUGCGGAGUAAGGAGAAGGAGGGAGAUCAGGGGGAGAAGGAGGUAGAAGUGGUUGAUAAGGGCAAGAAGAGGGCAAGGGAGGAUGGCGAGGACGUGGAAAUGACGGAUGGCGUACAGGAUGGGCAUACCGAGAAGCGGGUUCGGGUGGAGGGAGAAGGAGAGACCUCGACGCAGACAUCAUCGGCGGAAACUCCAGCCAUCGCUGUCGAGCCACAGGAAUCGAGCCUAUCCGUUCCCACUUCCGGCUCAGCGUCCGAAUCGGGCCCCUCCGUCCCAGCUCCCAUGGCCGGCCCUUCAUCCCAACCCGUUCCACCCGCUCCGGUCUAUCCUGAUUUUGUCCUCCCGGCAGACAAGUUCCGCAUGCUCAGGGAAGCCCUCACUCGUGACACCAAGAGCUUCACAAUCGAGGAGCUGGAGCACCUCCGGGCGGGACUGUUUGGGCGGAUAUGGAAAGCAAGAGGGGAGUGGGAUCGGGAGCAGCUGAUUGUCGAUUGUGCGCGUUUCUUGGAGAAGACAACCCGCGGUGUGAGCGGCAGGCGGGAAGCAUAG